AUGGAAGUACAAACCAUUUAUGAAAAUGAUGGAGAAAAAAAUCCUCAUUGGAACCCAUCUGGACCUUGGACACGGGGUCAGAACCGGACUGAAGCCCAAAACCGCAAAAGGAAUAGCUUCGUGUUGAUCACAGUGUUUCUUGGGCUCAUCUGUGUUUUACUGGUGGUUGGCAUUUUAGUGCUGUACAUCCAUCUCACAGCAGAGAGAGACCUGAUGAAGAGGAGCUACAUGAACAACGUUGAAGGCUACAAUGAAACUUUGAACAGCCUGAAGAUGAAUUACAAUCAACUGACCGUUGAGAAAGAAGAGUUAAAGAAAACCCUUAACUAUAUGAAUCAGAAGAAUUUGGAGUUAGAAACCAAAGUCAAGAAUUUGAACGAUGCACUAAUGAAGAAAUGGUCGUAUUUUAUAUCCAGUGAGAAGAAGAGUUGGUCUGACAGCAGGCAGUUCUGCAGGGAUCGUGGUCAAGAUCUGGUCAUUAUCAACACUGAAGAAGAGCAGAGAUACGUUUUUUCAAUCGCCAAGGAGGACGUGUGGAUUGGUUUGUCUGACAUAGCAGAGGAAGGAAAGAUGAAAUGGGUGGAUAAUACAACACUGGAUAAAGGUUUUUGGGGCCAAGGUGAGCCGAAUGAUCAAUAUGGAAAUGAGGACUGUGUUGUAAUACGGAGUUCUGCAGAAUCUUCCCUAAACAACUGGAAUGAUAUUCCAUGCACACAGACAAGAACAUGGAUUUGUGAGAAUCUGUGAAAAUCAAUGUUUUUAAAAAUCAAAAAUGCUUUUACUUACAUUUUAAAGUGGUCAUAUUAUGAGAUGCAUUAAAUAUGUAAAAUAAGUCUUUGGGGUCCCUAGAGUGCAAAUGUGAAGUUUUAGCUCAAAAUACCCCUAUAUUCUCUCUCUAUCUG